AUGGGCAGCUCAGGUAAGGCCUCAAGUAUCUCAACCUCACUCUCAUCAUAUGUAAAUCGAGAAGCUCCAGCGGGUUCCUGUCGGAUCUCCACUGAUGACCGCAUUGUCCCCGCCCCGACCGCCAGUCAGCAUUUCUCAGCCCUGCAAGACCCUCUGCAAGAGACUGCAACUUGGUUUCCGCCCGCAUCCGGUCGCCCUGGUGGUGUGGGCACCUCUGGUAAAUAUCAUGGCUGGGGAGCUGGGCUCUUCAACUCUUCACCUUCUUCCUCCUUCAUGCUUGCGUCGAUUCUGGCCGCCUUCACACCUCCUGCGUCCGACGAGGGCGUUGAGCAGCGGCCCCCACGGUAUGCGGGCGAAGACACCACCCCGACCAGCCACCGCGAGGUCCUCGGCUGGUAUUCAUAUGGCAUUGCAGCGGAGGUAUUCGCGGUGUGUGGUGUUGGGUCCUUCCUGCCUUUGACCCUCGAACAGCUUGCUCGCGAGAAUGGUACCCUACAAACCAGUCAUUUGCCCUGCUGGGGACCCCAGGCACCUGAAAGCAAGGGAGAUGAGCAAUGUAUGGUUGGAGUCUUUGGACUUCACAUUACCACAGCCAGCUUCGCGAUGUAUACCUUUUCGUUGGCGGUGCUGAUCCAGGCUCUGACGUUGAUUUCGUUCAGCGCCCUGGCUGAUUAUGAACGAAACCGCAAAACGUUACUCCUAACCUUCGGCUUCAUUGGCUCGGCGACCAGCAUGCUGUUUGUCUUCAUCGCACCCUCCAUCUUCAUACUCGGCUCGGUCCUCGUAGUAAUCGGAGUCACCUGCCUCGGGUCCUCGUUCGUCGUGCUCAAUUCUUUCCUACCAGUACUUGUCGCCAAUGAUCCGUCCAUCCUAGGUUCCCGCCAAGACCGCGGCGAAGAACUGUCGAAUCUGGACCGGGACGAUGAAACGAACGAGUGGAACUCAUGGGAUGAAAACGAUAGUCUGGAUGGCAUACAUGCUAACAGUCACCCCGCGGACUCUCCGGAAGAUGGAUUGAAGUCGAAGAGCUCACAGUCUUCCUCGCCGGAGCUGCAAUUGUCCACUAAGAUCUCGUCCAAGGGAGUGGGCCUGGGAUACUUUGCCGCAGUCUUUGUGCAAAUUUUGAGUAUUAUCAUGCUCAUCACCCUCAGCAAGACCUCUCUCGCCAAGGCAUCGGGAACUUGGCCUUUGCGGUUUGUGCUGCUGUUGGUAGGAAUCUGGUGGUGUGUAUUCACACUCGUCACCCGUCGCUGGCUUCGUGAUCGUCCUGGACCUCCGUUGGAUUCUUCGUCCACCCCCAGAGCUGCGCGCUGGCGCGUAUGGCUACGGUUGGUGGGUUUCGCCUGGAAGUCACUCUGGCAGACGGUCAAGAUCGCGGUGCGGCUGCGAGAAGUGAUCAUCUUCCUCGUUGCUUGGUUCCUCCUCUCUGAUGGCAUGGCCACCGUCUCGGGUACAGCUAUUCUGUUUGCACGCACGGAGCUCAAGAUGAGCACAACCGCCAUUGCCUGUUUGUCCAUCACCGUUACUCUUUCGGGUAUGGCGGGCGCAUUCCUCUGGCCGCAUGUUUCUCGACGACUCGGGUUGCAGUCGAAUCACACCAUUAUCCUAUGCAUUGCCUUAUUCGAGAUCAUCCCCCUUUAUGGUAUGCUGGCCUAUAUCCCCUUUGUGAAGAAAUGGGGGGUCAUCGGCCUGCAACAGCCAUGGGAGAUCUUCCCACUUGGAAUUAUCCACGGGAUCGUCUCUGGUGGCUUGGCAUCAUACUGCCGGUCCUUCUUUGGACUUUUGAUUCCUCCUGGCAGUGAGGCGGCUUUCUAUGCCCUCUAUGCAGCCACUGACAAGGGAAGCUCAUUUAUCGGGCCCGCCGUGGUCGGCGUCCUCAUUGAUGCGACUGGCCAGGUGCGGACGGGGUUCUUCUUUAUUGCCGUGCUGAUCGUGUUGCCUAUUCCGUUAGUCUGGAUGGUGAGUGCCGAGAAGGGUCGUCGCGAUGCUCUGGCCAUGGCGGAUUCUCUUAAAGAUGGGCAUAAAUCGCACGGAGGAGCUACCGAUGAUGCUCGAGAGGCUGAGGGUUUGCUGGCCCGCGAGUCGUAG